GGGGAUCAGAUUCGUCAGUUCCCUACAGAACACACAGUAAGUCAGUUCGUAUUCGUUUUGCCCGUUGUUUGUUGAAGAGAAGAAACAAGUUACAUCUCCGUCAUGGCAAAGUUUGUGGUUUCGUUCGUCCUGUUGCUGGUUGCGGUUGUGAUUAGCGUACAAGGUCAGGGUCAUGGAGGUGGUCAUGGCCAUAACGAUGGUCAUGGAGGCCAUGGAGGAUUCCAGGGAGGCCAUGGACACGGAGUACAGGGCCAUGGAGUGCAGGGCCAUGGAGGACAGGGCGGACACGGACUAGCCCACGAUCAGCACGGUGGACAGCACGGUGGCCACGGUGGUUUUGGACACGGCAAGGCUGGACACGGAGGUCAAGGUCACCAAGGGUACAAGACACACGGAUACUAAUCAACGCAUCGUUAGCUCGUAGAAAGGAUGGAAUAAACUAUUCCGGUGAUUUACCCUUUUUUUUUAUAAAUAA